CUUUUGAUGAACUAUCCCUCUCCAAGGUUUGAUGGAUCAAGCUGGUCCAAGCUUCCUUCAGAUCUUCUGAAUAUGGUUUUUGAACGUCUUGGGUUUGCAGAUUUUCAACGAGCUAAAUCCGUUUGUCCAUCUUGGCUAGAUGCUUCAAGACAAUCAGCGUCAAAAAAUCAGAUCCCUUGGCUGAUCAUGUUUCCAGAAAAAGGUAAAGACUAUUGUCUCUUGUUUAAUUCUGAAGAAAAGGAGAAAGCCUAUAGAAUUAAAGAUCUUGGUGUUGAAUUCGCAAAUAGUCAUUGUUUGGCGAUAUAUGGAAGUUGGCUCUUUAUGCGAGAUUCUAGAUAUAAUCUCUAUGUUAUGAAUCUAUUUACUCGCGAGAGGAUUAAUUUUCCAUCUGUGGAGUCACAAUUUGAAAUCGAUGACGAAUAUGAUGUUGAAUAUCCUGAAAGACACAUCAAUAUUGACUUCCCUUUAUUAUGGAUAGACGAUAUAACCAAACAUUACGUGGUUAUAUGGUCAAUCCAAUACCGCCAAUACCAAUAUCUAGUUUAUUAUAGGAAAGGAGAUAAUUGGUUGAAACAUGCUACUUACUGUAGUUUUGAUAUGGUAGGCAUUGUUGACAUGGUAUACAAAGAUCAUAAGAUUUACUUGUAUAGUACAACUAGUGAUGUCAAAGUGUUGGAAUUUUUUGGAGAUAUUCUUUUUGAUAGGAUUUUUUGGAGAUAUUCCGCGACAAAUCUUUGAAACGCAAGUUAACUAUGAUGUGUUGGCUAAUGGAGUACGCCGCGUUCGUCCAGAGCUUGGUAAUGUGUUUCAUAUCAAGAAUACACAUCUUGUAGUCACAAUGACCGGAGAAACCCUCAGAGUUGAUAGCAUAAUAAGGAGUGAUUCUGAUGUUUGGUCCUUUUGCAUCUACCAAAUGGAUUCAUCAAAUAGCAAGUGGGAGAAACUUACUUCUUUGGGAGAUGAAGCAAUACUCCUGGAUCAAGGCAUCACCGUGCUUGCCAACGCCAUUGAAGGAGUUAAUAGAAAUUCAAUAUAUUUUAGUGGUGUUCAAUUUCAAUAUGGUUAUGUUAGCAGUGAAAAGGAUAU